AUGACAUCGCUACCAUCCAGCAAAGCGCUGGCCUCGCUGGCGUCGCUACGAGCAGCUCUCCGAUCCAUCCAGGGUGCGCAACCCACCGCAGUAUCCCGUGCCCGAGCUGCGCCUUCCUUCUACUCGAUGCACACUUCGGCCGCAUCAUCGUCGUCCACUACGCCUCUAGCCUCGUCUUCUUCCGCCGCCACUUCAUCGCCUGAGCUCGCAGAUGCAGCCAUCGACUCUGCAUCGCAGCAGGACGUGCAUGCGUCCGAAUUCGACUUUGACGGCGAGACGUACGAGAUCCCACCCUUUGACGAAGGCGAUCUCGUCGCUGUUCCCAACAAACCUCCCAUGGUCCACGUCAAGCUAUCCAAGCUCAACAAAACUUCUUCUCCCUCCACCAGCGCCAACACCGGAAAGUCAUACGUUCCGCUCUCGGCACACGUGUUCGACGCACCCGCACGCAGAGAUGUCAUCCACAGCGCUGUCGUCUACUACCUCGAUGCACAGCGUCUGGGAACAGCUUCGACAAAGGGCAGAUCGGAUGUUCGUGGAUCCAUGAGGAAGUUGCGUCCACAGAAGGGUUCGGGUCAGGCCAGGUUGGGAACCAUGUCGAACCCCAUCUUGCGUGGUGGUGCUGUAGCACAUGGUCCUCGUCCCAGAGAUCACUCGACCAAGUUGCCGCGUAGGGUCAGAGAGUUGGCCUUGAGAUCGGCACUUUCUUCCAAGUGGAGACAAGGCGAUCUGGUCGUCGUCGACAACUUUGACUGGAUCGCACCUCCCAGCUCCACCGGUCCUCUCGCCCGACUGCUGGGCUCCAAACGUUGGUCAGACGCUCUCUUCCUCACCGCACCUCGAGACCCUCAACCUUCCAUCCGUUCGCUCAUCAAAGACGCACGUCCCUCCUCCUCAGAUCCUGUCUACGACGAUCAGCAGCGACUCGAUCACCAGCAGGCCAUCCGCAACUUCGUCCUCGCCUCCAACAACCUCCCCCGCGUCGAGCUCAUCGAACUCGACUCCCUGACGGAAGAGUACAGGGACAACAUCGCAAAGACGAGCGGCGACAAGAAGAAGCCCGGCGAGCUGCACGCCUACGAGGUGCUUCGCCGUCACAAGGUCAUCUGCGACUUGGGCGCCGUCGAAUGGCUCGAGGAGAAGCUCGGCGGUGCCAUCUUUCACGAGCAGGCCGAGAUCGAAGGCUUGGCCAAAGACGGAGAACAGCAGCAGCUCGACGGUCCCGAGUCCGCACAGACACUCGACCAGUCCCAAGCAGGUCCCGAACCAAUUCCAGUGGCUCCCGCUCCGACCGCUUGA